AAACUGUCCAAAGAGAUAAGAUGGAAAACAAAAUGCAGUCAAAGCUCUAACUCUGCAGUGUCACAGAAGCUACAGAGAAAAACUUCCAUUUUUUUCUCCUCUUUUUGAUGGUUGGCGCUCACCAUGAAGUACAGGACGGUGGUGAUGUACACAGAAAUUGGCUGCUUUGUGUCCUGCCUUUGCGGCUGGAUCCUGGUGUGCUCUACCCUUCCCACAGAGUACUGGACCUUCUCUGAGGUGGGCAGCAUUGUCCUGACCACCUCCAACUACUACUCCAACCUGUGGAGGGACUGCAUCUCAGACACCACAGGGGUGUCCGACUGCAAAGAUUACCCUUCCAUGCUGGCCCUGCCUGGUAAGAUACUGGCAACAAAUCACAUAUCGGCGUUCCUGCAUGGAUGUAGGGCAUUGGCAGUCUCCGCGGUCAUCACUGGCUUCUUUGGUGGCGUUCUCACUCUCAUUGGCAUGAAGUGCACUAAAAUAGGAGGAUCAGAGCUUGCAAAUUCAAGAGUGACCUUUGCAGGUGGAAUCACCUAUCUUGUCUCAGGCUUCUGUGGUAUGAUCACUUACUCCUGGUGGGCCAACAGGGUGAUCACAGAAUUCCUCGACCCAAAUUUCAGGGCACAAAAAUUUGAGCUUGGAGCUGCAGUUUUCAUAGGCUGGGGGGGCUCCGUCCUUUUGCUCUCCGGUGGUACCGUGUUGACUUACUUCUCUGGAAAAGAAGGUCUUCCAUCAAGUUCCUCAAACCGACCACGGAGACCAGCCACGUAUGCCACCGCCCGCACCCGAAAGACAUAUAUGCUCCCACCUACAUCUUCCAGGGUCACUCUGGGGCCACCGCUGUUUUAUGAGGGUAGGAAGAGUGGACAAGGCAGAGCGGUAACAAAGACGACUGCCACCUUCAGCAGGGAUGACUUUGUCUGAGCAAAAUGUAUUACUAUACGUAUGGCGGUCUUGUAUUGAGAAAAGACCAGAAGGAUUGGCCAUUUUAAUAAACAAAAGAAAUAUCGAGCUAAAUUUCAUUUCAGUCACUGUGUCCAAAAAGAAAGACAAAAAAGAUUUCCCUCUAACAUGAGUCAGCGCUUU